GCGUGCAGCGCAGCAAAAAAUAGACGCGCCGCUCCUGAUGCACCGCAAACGCUACGCAGCUCCAGUUCAAUCAUAACUCGUUUUUGUCUGAGGUUCUAGAGACAGGCUGAGAUUGAAGAUUUAGAAGGGUUAGACAACACAAGCAAGCCUAGCUAUUCAUAGAGAUCGAGGACAACACAAAAAUUAUGAAAAGGAAGUUGCUGUCUGCUCUGCUUUGGGUCCUGUUCAUGACUGGGUUAUGUAAUGGAUGCCUAGCGCCAGGGGAAGAUUAUGACUUCGGAUUACGACUGACAGAAAAGUUUAUCGCCACUGAGGGAGGACGCGCCUGGAUCCCCUGUGCGUUUACUGCGCCAAUGAGAGCGCUCUCCGGCAGACAGGUCUGGUUCAGACGCAGUCCCGAGUUCCCCCUGAGCCCAGCCGAGGUGCAGAACAACCGUGGACUGAUGAGACCGAUGAUUUCCACGGAAUCAGAAUGCAGCGUUGUUUUGCGGAACGUAUGGGACACACCUGAGGAGUACGGGUUCAUGUUAGAAUGGGGAGCGAACGAAAGACACAUUUUUCCUGAUAGGGUUCAAGUGGUCUCAUGUGUUGCGAAAGUGGAGCUGACUCCAAGCACUUACUCCAAGAACCUUUUAGCUGGAAAGGAGACUUUUUUAAACUGUAGCCUUUCAAAGCACUGCCCUGGUAUUGAUCCAAAGAUAACCUGGAAAGGGUUCAACUCAAAACCACUAUUAAUGCAAAAAUCUAAAAAAGAAAUGCAAGAAUAUUCAGGGUUUUCUGAACGGCUCCUUUAUACGCCUGUACCUGAGGAUCAUCAAGCAGAGAUCACAUGUGAAGCAACGUUUGGGAAAAAUCUGAGUGCAAGUGCUAAAACAGUUUUGACGGUUCACUCUCAUCCUCAGAUACUGAACAGCUCUGCAUGCUCUCUGCUACAGGAUCUGCUCACUUGUGUGUGUGUCAGUCAAGGAGUGCCUUUGCCUGAUAUUCACUGGCCUCUGCUACAAAACAAACACCAUUUUACCAAAGGCAGAGCAUCAUACAUCACCGUAAGAAGCACCUUCACAAUGACUGUUGUGAACUUCACAAGUAACAGCACUGUCAUGUGUGUCAGCAGAAACUACCUUGGUCAGACAAAUAUGACUCUUCCAGUCAACAUCAUUGAAGGUCUUAGAAAUGCAUAUAGGUGGAUAAUCAAAUUCCUGGUGAUUGCAUUAUUGAUUACACUGGCAUUCUGUGUGAUUUGUUUUUGGAUGAAAGCUAAAUACCAAAAACUAACAGAGGUGCCCUACAGCUCACUGGAAAAGAGAGCAGAGACACUGAAUGCUGAAAACAACAUAGAAACACCAUGAACACUCGAAUUGUUUCCUUAAGCAGCAAAACAGCAAUGAUUGCACAUGUAUACUGAAAUUUUCAGAGAUCUGCUUAACACAAAUUUAUAAAAGGCACUUCAAAUCUUACGCAUCAACGAUUGGUUUAGCCCUUUACUUCUUUAAAACGGUCAUGACCUCUUGGUAUUUUCAAAAGAGCCUACCUUUUUUUAAAAGAUGUGCUGUGUGAAAUGUGCCACUGAUAUAAUAUGUUAAAUACUUGUGCUAUUUGGAAAUUGUUCCUUUUACGGUGUCACAAGAAUAAUAUCUAAAAAUACAUAACCUGUGUUGAUGACCCUCAAAAUAACCCCUCUGUAUGCAUAUACAUCCAUAAACACUCUAGAAACCAAA